GCUCCGCGAGCCGCAAACCAGCGCGGAGAUGCUGCUCCCGUCCCUCCAUCCACUGCUCUGGCUCCUCCUGCUGCUCCCAGGUUCUACAGCUUCCACAAACUCCUCCACCCCCGCUGGAACAGGUCCAUCCCAACCAACAGCACCCAGCCCUGAAGCCAAGAACCACAGCUCAGAGCCAUCAGUAAAGCCAACACCACUGACCAACCUGAGCCUCACCUCUGUGGGUCAAACUACUACAGCCAAACCCUCCACCACUACAACAAACCUGACAGCAACCACUGAGCAAGAUGAAAAGUCCAGUGGAAACAGAAGCACAGCAGCUCCUUCUCCAACACCUCGAGGUCAGGAUCCCAUGAGGAAUGAGAGCACCACAACAUCAGCGACUCGAGGUGCUUCCUCCUCACAGAGAGGCGCCUCAGAACCCAUCACCCCAACACCCAACUUCUCCAGCCAAUUGCCCGAGCCCACCCCGACAGACGAGAAAUCACCGCUGACGGUGGCAGCUUUUGGUGUCAUCAGCUUUGUCAUCAUCCUGAUAGUGGUGGUGAUCAUCCUGGUCAGCGUGGUCAGCCUGAGGUUCAAGUGCAACCACUCCAAGGAUUCAGAAGACAAACAGAAACCAGGAACCUCCAUGGUAUCAGAGAGCUGCUCAGCAGACACAAGCCAGAAGGGGAACAGCAUCACUCUGAUCUCCAUGAAGAACAUCAACACCAACAACAGCAUGAGCUACCCCCCAUCAGAAAAGGUGCUAUGAAGCCAAGAGCCCAGAGCUUGAAGCUGACAUGUGACAACCAGCAGUGGCUUUCUAGGUUCCUUUUUUUUUUCCUUUGGGGAAAGAGCAAGGGUGGACUUUAUAUAUAAAUUAUUAUGUCUUUUCUGAUCAGUACAUUUACAGUAGUGUCCUACAUAGCUUCCCCACCUGGGGCCUAAGGGCUUUCUCCAGUUACAGCCUGCCACUCUCGGUGGUUGAUAUCUAACUCUAUUUUUGAUAUGCCUUCAAACACUCAGAUCAUUCCAGCAGCAAGAAGCACCAAGGCACCAUCCACUCCACUAAUAAACCUCUGCCUUAGAUGAAUGGCCUUUAUAGUCUGUGCCAGGCAGCCACGGGCUCAUUAAUCAGCAUAGCCCCACGUGGAGCCAGACCCGCGCGUUGGGAAAGCCUGAUCCGAAGCUGAAGGCCUGAUGGGACUUAAAUGCCCGAGUUCUGGGUCAAAUCCCAGCACGACUGCUCCAAGCCCCUUAUGCCCUCAUUGUCCCCACAGCAGUGGGAUGGUGACAUCCCCCUACCUCACAGGGUUGUUGUGAGGCCUCAUUAAUCCCUGUCUGUAAAGCAUUUGGAGAGCCGUGAAUUAAAGAUGCUGCUGAAAUGCAAAUUGCCAUCUUAAACACUUUAUUAUUAUUAUUAAGAACAACGGAGCUUCAGGAAGGCAGAUCAUGAUCUCUCCACGUGCUCAGCUGAAGUGUAAGGAACAAAGUCCCUGCAUAGAUCAGGGUUUAUCUCAGUGUAAAAUGAAUGGCCACAAGCAAAAUGCUGAGCUCCUUCAGCUCCUGGAGUGUGGCAGCCCAAGUUUGCCAGGAGAGCUUCCAAGGGAAAUACAGGUUGGAUAUUAAGAAAAAGUUUUUUACAGGAAAGUGAUAAAGUUCUGGAAUGGGCUGCCCAGGGAGGUGGUGGAGUCACCAUCCCUGGGUGUGUUUAAAACAAGACUGGAUGUGGCACUGGGUGCCAGGGUUGAGUUGAGGUGUUAGGGCUGGAUUGGACUCGAUGAUCUUAAAAGUCUCUUCCAACCUGGAGAUUCUGUGUGAUUCUGUGUGAUCUCCACCACUGCUUCCCCAAAGCUUCCUGGGACCAGGAAGAGCAGCAUCCCCUUGUGCAAUGCAAGAGGCAGCUGUGCUUUGCAGCUGGCAAGGAAAUGUUCAGCAAAAAAAAAAAAAAAAAGCAAAUUUUCAAAGCUCCUGGUAAGAGCCAACACACUUUUAACCUCCAACAUCUGCACUGGGCAGUUUGCUAAGUUCUUUCUUAAUAAAUGAAGCUUUUCUGGUAACAUUCAUGAAAAGUAAACUGUUGUCACUCAGCCAGGCUCCACCAGACUGGUGAAUUUCCUUAACACAGAGUCCCAGAUAAUUCCCAAUUAGAUGGACCCAGACAGCUCCAGUUCCCAGAGACCUGUGACUCCACACAUCGAGCACAACAAGUAGAUUUUUAGCGGAAGUAAAGCUUUAACAAAUCUCCCUGGACCUCUGAGAUUCCAUAGGAUCUCACCACUGCUUUAGUUUUCCUUCCUUUGACCUCCUUCUUCCCACAGGUUCUUGAAGGUCUUAAAAUGAGGGUGGGCAGGCCCUGGCACAGGGAGCCCAGAGAAGCUGUGGCUGCUCCCGGAUCCCUGCAAGUGCCCAAGGCCAGGCUGGACACUGGGGCUUGGAGGAGUCUGGGAUGGUGGAAGGUGACCCUGGCAGGUGGGAUCAGGGGAAACCACCAACAGCAUUAGCAGUGAUGAAAGCAACCAGGAAAUGUCUUGUAGUGAGGGGCCAGACCAGGACACAGCCCUCGAGGUCCCCCAGCAGUGCCAGCACAGGGGAUGGGCACUGCUCUGGCCCUGCUGCCACCCCAGGGCUGGCACAGCCCAGGGGCCAUUGGCCUCCUGCCCACCUUGGGCUCGUGUCCAGCUGCUGUCACCAGCACCCCCGAGGCCUUGCUGAAGCUGUUCCAGAGUGUCCAAAGGAGGGGCCGGGCUGGGGAAGGCUCUGCAGGGGCCACCCGAGGAGGGCUGAGGGCACUGGGCUGGUUCAGCUGCAGCAGAGGAGCCGAGGGCAGAGCUCAGGGAAGGAGGGAACGGCUGCAGGGGGAGCUUUGGGAUGGACAUCAGGGAAAGGUUCUUCCCCAGAGGGUGCUGGCACUGCCCAGGCUCCCCAGGGAAUGGGCACGGCCCGAGGCUGCCAGAGCUCCAGGAGCCUUUGGACACCAGGGGUGCACAGGGGGAUUGUUGGGGUGUCUGGGCAGGGACAGGACCUGGACUGGAUGAUCCUGGUGGAUCCCUUCGUGCUCGGGACAUUCCACAAUUCCAUAAUUCCACAAUUCCACCAUUCCACGAGUCCCGCUCCCCUCAGAACCCCUUCAUGA